AUGGCACUAACAUCCAUCAAAAACAUUCUUGUUCUUUCAUUUGGAGUUUUGGUUUUGUACAUAGCCUACACUGGACUUAUGACAUUACAGAGCAGUCUGAACCAUGAUGAAGGCCUUGGUGUUAUAUCUUUAAGUGUAAUGUAUGGAUCUCUCACUUUAUCGUCAAUGUUCUUACCUGCAAUCCUUAUGAAAAAAUUGGGCUGCAAAUGGACCAUUGCAGCAUCGAUGGUGUGCUAUAUCCCCUUUACUCUUGGCAACUUCUACCCAAGCUGGCCAACAAUGAUUCCAACGUCAAUACUUCUUGGAAUAGGAAGUGGACCGCUAUGGGCAGCAAAGAGUGCCUAUAUCACAGCUAUUGGAAGCAAAUACGCUGAGCUGACAGGAAAAGCUGCCAAAGAUGUCGUUAAUCAGUAUUUUGGGAUAUUUUUUUUUAUUUGUCAGACCGGUCGAAUAUGGGGCAACCUUGUUUCAUCCUUAAUUUUAUAUAAUACACCUAAUGCAGAUGAUUCACUGGAUGCUUUGAAUCAUUCUAUUUGUGGAGCUGGACAUUGUACAACGGAUUCACUUAUAUCUGAAAAUACCACAGGUCCAAGCCCAUCAAAGACUCUGUUGUAUACUCUUCUUGGGGCUUACACAGGUUGUGGAAUUAUUGCCGUUUGUUUGAUUUCAAUAUUUCUUGAUAAAAUCAGUUCAAAGAACGAGGAAAUUGUAGAAGAGAACACAGAGUCCACCUGUUCAAUGUUUUUUGCAACUUUUAAGCAACUUACAGAUAAGCGCCAGUGCCUACUUAUCCCUCUCACCAUAUUUAUUGGAUUGGAACAGGGAUUCAUUACAGGGGACUACACUCGUGACUAUGUGACCUGUGCCAUUGGCAUCAGAAUGGUGGGAUUUGCAAUUGUUUGUUUUGGAGUACCUAACGCAAUAUGCGCAGCUUUGUUUGGAAAUCUUGCAGAAUACACUGGUCACUUUUUUCUCUUAACACUAGGUGCUCUCAUACAUAUUGGUUGCAUUGUUGGACUUUUGUUGUGGAUACCAAAUGCAGAGCAAAUGUUUCUGUACUUUGUCUUCCCUGGUGUUUGGGGAGUUGCUGAUGCUGUUUGGCAAACCCAGAUCAGCUCUUUAUAUGGGAUUUUGUUUGAGAAAAACAAAGAGGCUGCCUUCGCCAACUUCUGUCUCUGGGAAUCAGUUGGCUUUGUGAUUGCCUUUGGAUAUAGCAGCUUCUUAUGUGUAUAUGUGAAACUCUACAUACUCCUGUGUGUGGUUGUCCUAGGCAUUAUUAUGUAUGCUGUUGUUGAAUACAUGGAAUAUGUGAAAAUAGCAGUCAAGGAGCAGCUAAAGAUGACUCACACUCCGGCAGCCUAG